UCGUCUCUCCGCAAAAAAGCGGCGACACCGACGUAGGGUCCGUGCGCCUGUUCCUCCCCUCGGUAUCCAAGGGCGACCUCAUUGUUACGUGGCGCCCAGGGUAGCCAUGGCAACCUCCAGGCAACAGUCCAAGGAGGGAAAAGUGAGGAGGCACGUGGAGCCCCACAAAUUGCCAUUUCUUGGCCGACGUGCGGCAGGCGCGAGGCCCUCGCGAGCCAGAGGGCGGGGUCGAGAGCGGGCGCGUGGACCUUGGAGUUGGGGGGGGAGGGGGAGCGGAGAACGUUUGCAAGCCAACCGCAGCAAACAAACGGGCGGUAACAGAGGACCGGGCUGAGCUCACAAUCCCGUAACAAUCCUACUAUCAAGGGCGGGCUGCGGCAUGGAGAAAGGGGCGCAGGAGGAAGCCCCAAGAGAGCAGCACCGGCUCCUGCAUUCCACGGCUUGGCAGAGCACUGCCUGCAUGGACCAUCUUCUCCUGCACCCUCUGCCAGGACAGGGGGGCAGGGACCCGCACCUUCUGCUGUUCCCUCCCAAACAGGCUCCCCAGCACCAUCUCCUGCACCCCCUCUCUCCCAAACAAAGUGUUUUGCACAAGGAACAGAAACUUCCACAGCCUGGGGAAGGGGGGACCUUUAAAGAGCAACAACAUGUUUUGGAAGAGCAGAUUUGUCUUGGCAGGCAGCAGCUUUCCCAGCCUGUCCUUGGGACGGAAACUGGAGCCUGUGAAAAGCAGGAAGAGGAGGAAGAAAACGGGCACCAGAAAGGGUUACAGGUGAAAGCGGAGGAGCGUGAGCCAGAGAACCCAUUGCUCUUUAUGGGAAGUAGCAACAAGAAAAAAAGACGAGAGCCUAAAACGCUUACAAACCGUCUCAGCGGCAAAGAUGAAAGUAGUUGUAGCAGUGUGAAAAGUGUAGGGGAAGUCAAACUGGGGAAAGUUGAAGAGACGGAGGAGAUCAAGAAGGAGGCAAAGUUGAAAGAAAACUGUGAUGCCAAAGUCUUGGGAUCUGCAAAAGAAGGGACCAUCAAAACCGAACUCGUAGAGCCUCCCGAGGAGGAUUGCAAAGGGAGGGAAGAAGUGGCAUCCAAGCCUCCACCAUCUUCCAGUGGUCCCGCUCACAUUAGCCAGGAUGUUAGUUUGUCUCAACCUAUCGGAACACAGCAUUCUCAAGAACUGAAGAUUCCUGUUACACUGCAUCCGGUCCCUCCAGGGGCUAGGAUCCAGUUUCAGGGACCACCGCCAUCUGAGCUUAUAAGAGUGACUAAAGUGCCAGUGACACAAGUGCCCCUUAAAAUGCAGUCCUUGCUGGAGCCUUCAGUCAAAAUUGAAACUAAAGAUGUUCCUCUCACAGUGCUACCCUCAGAUGCAGGGAUACCAGACACUCCGUUCAGCAAAGAUAGAGAUGGCCAUGUCAAGCGUCCUAUGAAUGCAUUUAUGGUAUGGGCAAGAAUUCAUCGGCCAGCCUUAGCCAAAGCUAAUCCUGCUGCUAAUAAUGCCGAGAUCAGUGUCCAGCUUGGAUUGGAAUGGAACAAGCUCACUGAAGAACAAAAGAAACCUUAUUAUGAUGAAGCUCAGAAGAUAAAAGAAAAACACAGAGAAGAAUUUCCUGGUUGGGUUUACCAGCCAAGGCCUGGCAAAAGGAAGAGGUUUCCAUUGACUGUCUCCACUGUAUUCUCGGGUACAACUCAGAACAUCAUAGCUACGAGUCCAAUGACAGCCUCUACUGUGUUUACUGGGACUUCUCAGAGUAUUAUUACUACAAAUCCAACUACCAUUUAUCCUUUCCGAUCACCUACCUACUCUGUGGUUAUUCCCAACGUACAGAACAGCAUUGGACAUCCAGUCUGUGAAGCCGCUUCUACUAUCCAGCUGCCAGCUCCUUCUGCUCAGCAUCCAGGCCCUAUUACACUGUUCCAGCCAAGUGUAGGAAACACAACACCAUUAGCUGCCUCAACUGCAAACCUGCCAAUUCGGCCAGUCCUUCAGCCUCAACGAUUUGCUGCACCUUCCCCAACAGAAGCUCAUCGUGUAUCUUCAGGAACAAAUUGCUCUAUAAAGAGACCCAACCAGAUUUCUAUUGAAAGCUCAAGCAGGACCCCAAAUAAUACAAGCACUACUCACCCUAGAUACAGUGUCUCAAAUAGCCAACCCCCCAAGGAAUACUCAGGUGUUUCUUCAUGUUCUAGAAAUGGACCCAUUCCUCAAGCACCACCUAUCCCUCAUCCACAUGUUUAUCAGCCUCCUCCCAUUGGUCAUCCAGCAACUCUCUUUGGAGCUCCUCCUCGAUUUUCAUUUCACCAUCCUUAUUUUUUACCAGGACCUCAUUAUUUCCCAUCAAGCACAUGUCCAUAUAGCCGGCCUCCUUUUGGCUAUGGGAAUUUCCCCAGCUCCAUGCCUGAAUGCCUUGGCUUUUAUGAAGACCAGUAUCAAAAACACGAGGCCAUGUUUUCUGCCCUGAACAGAGACUACCCUUUCAGAGAAUAUUCCGAUGAACAUACACAUAGUGAAGACUCCCACAGCUGUGAGAGCUUGGAAGGGACAUCCUAUUACAGCAGCCACAGUCAGACUGAAGAGGAGUAUUUAAACCCUAUGCCACAGUUGGACAUUGGGGCCCUUGAAAAUGUUUUUACAGCCACCCCUUCCACCCCUUCUAGUGUACAGCAAGUCAACGUGACUGAUAGUGAUGAUGAGGACGAAGGAAAGGUGUUGAGAGAUUUGUAAUUUUUCAGAUCAAAUCUAGCAUACUUUUUAAAACAUGAAAUAAAACAUGUUCCUCAUAUAA